ACCACCAUCACCACACAUACACGCAUAAAACAUGUCCUCAGUACCACCCGCUGCCGCCAAUAUGGGCUCAGACCUCAAGACAUCCGAAAAACCGAAAGUGAAGCCCUGCUGCGUCUGUACCGACCAGAAAGCGAAGCGCGACGAAUGCAUGCUGUUCUCCACCUCGAAUGACGCGCAAAAGGAAUGCGCAAACGUCAUCGACGAUUACAGACGAUGCAUGGCUGGUUAUGGCUUCAAGAUAUAACGCCAAUGGACUCUUGUGGCGACUGAG